GAGGCCAAAGGGGGUGGGAGCGCGUGCUGCUGGGAGUUGUUUGGAGGUUGGCGGCUCGGGGCUGACCAUCCUCGGGCCGAGCCAUCAUGUCGCACAAACAGAUUUACUAUUCGGACAAAUACGACGACGAGGAGUUCGAGUACCGGCAUGUCAUGUUGCCCAAGGACAUAGCCAAGCUGGUCCCUAAAACCCAUUUGAUGUCUGAAUCUGAAUGGCGGAAUCUGGGCGUUCAGCAGAGUCAGGGAUGGGUCCAUUAUAUGAUCCACGAACCAGAACCUCACAUCCUGUUGUUCCGGCGGCCCCUGCCCAAGAAGCCGAAGAAAUGAAGCCGGCGGCCCCCUCCCAGCCUCAGUGUCCACAGCUGUCCUCACGCGCUGUCGAGGCCUUUCCAACAUGAUUGUGUUGCCUUCUCGUUUCUCACUUUGACAUUGACAGGAUGCUCAGACUGUUUGCAUAUGCUGGUGACCGCUUCGCUUGAGCCCCGGGUACCAAGGCCCGCGCAGCUCAGUGCUGUGGGGCCGCGGCCUCGGCCGAGUGUGGCCCCGGAAGCCACGCGGGCUCUGCGUCCAGCAGGACGCCCUGGGGGGCGGGAGGAAGCACGUCAUCUACCGAGGCCGUGGCCGCAGGGGACUGUGUACACUUGCUGUUUGUUUUGUCCUGCCAGGUACUGUGUGUACGGUGCUUUGUGUUUCAUUGUAUUGGAAACGUUCCAUUUUAUUCAAGAAAUCUGUUCCGUGUUAAAAGCCUUGAUUAAAGAGGAAGUUUUUAUCUGA